AUGAUGGGUAGUCCUCUGGAUGAUAAGCCCGCCUCCAAUGCUGAUCACGAAGCUUCACCCGGGCCAUCAAAACCCAAAUGCACGGAUGUGUUCCAAUUUACUCGCGCUGAGCCCUGGGCUAUCAACACAGGCAACUGGUGCUUAUUCUCGUCCGAGCCCAAACUAUGCUUCCAAAUAAACCAAGGUUCCUCCUGGAAGGGCGGCUUUAUGUUCCCGACAUAUAACAUCUGGAGUCCCCCAUACUUCGGAAUCUCGCUACCACUGCCAAACCCAACUCAAGACACGUGGACCAUUCCGGAUCUUGGAGAUAUAGCUCUAUCAGACCGAAGUCCAUCGAACAAGAGAAGGUCGUAUAAGCUGAACUGCAACAACCUUAUCGUGACUAGUUACGAAGACGAUACAGCAUCCCUAAAGGCUAGAGACACUGGGUCAAUUCCGUUCGAAACAGAGAACGUCGUCGGUGGUAUUGACGUUGACUAUCCCAGUUUCCUGCACUGCAGAUGUUGCUUCCGAUAUCGAGGAUGGGUAACCCUGGCCAACGGCGAACGCUGGCGAUUUGACGAAAUCGACCAGUCAUAUUACCAGUUCCAGCGCAUGGCCAAGCGCGUCGUGCAUGAUCGGAAGUUCCCAAAGGUGUAUCCUAAGACGCUCCAAUGGGAGAGUUAUAGCGACUGGAAGUCGGGAUAUGGAGAUGCACCGGCAGAUGUGCCGUUCAUUUUGGACAAGGAUACGCGUCUCUGUCGGGUCAACCCGGACUGGCACGGGCAACGGCACUGGGACGCUUCUAAGCUUGUAUCUCCCGUCAUUGCUGUCAUGAGCCGAGAGGGCCUUAUCUUUAUCAAUGAGUUGAAGGAGGCUAAUGAGAUUGAGACUGCUAAUCUUCGAGAAUUGGUUCUGAUGACGGGCCUCACCAUUGCGAAAUUUGAACGCCCUACAUUAGAAAAAUGA